CCAACUUACAUUGCAAAAACAUAUUUUACAAUAAGUUGAGUGAUAUUUAGAAACAUAAGGACACGUAGUUUUCUAACAAUGAAAGCAUCAUCGCAAAUAAGACGGAAACCAACUGCUCAGACGCUCACUUCUGUAACCAAGAACGAUGACACAAUUGAGCCGAAGGUUAAGAAACAGAAUGGUGCUCUGUUGAAACCUCGGAUGACCACAAGAACUAUCCCGACAACUAAGAGCGAUGUCAAACACCGCAGAGGUCCUACCAAGGCCACCGAACCAGCCAAAUCUGUAAGCUUAACCGAGCUAUCUAGAACAAAACCACCUGCAAAGCCGGAUAUCAAAAGCAAGAAAGUAGUUCCAACCAAAUCUGCGAUAAUAACUGGGCCAUCAAAAGUAAGUUCGAAUGCCCCAGUACCACCACGUGUACGAACUCAAACUAGAACGCUCAAACCGGAAGAAGUGACUGUGUUGAAGUAUGUUGCGCCAGAAAGUGCUAAGAUUCCUAGCGAUCAACGUAAGGCACCUGUUUCGUUUGAGGUAGAGGUUAAGAGUACAAAGUCAAUUGAUGUGACAAGUACUAAACCACCAGUUGAGGAAAAAAGUUAUGAACGAAACAAUGAAACUGACAAUGAAGAUCAGUAUGAAUCAGAGUUUGAGUCUUACGAAUCAGAUUUCGAGUGUGGAUCUUCAUCGUCGAGCAAACAUUCAGAUUCGGAUUCAACCAUCAGUGAGCCCGCCGAUUCGGAUCAAUCUUCGACUCUAGAUAAUGUUAAAGAAGAAUUCACGGAAGAAGAGGAUAGACCAACCAUAGAGCAAAAGCUAGAUUCUGGUCACUAUGAAAUACAAAUUAAAAAGGUGCAACCACAAAUUGAAAGUGUUGCAUGCUCUGCUACUAGCAAAUCGGAUGACAAUCAACCUGAUUCGGGUAUGAAUAGUGGUCAAUACGAAGGAAAUUGUAUCAUUAAACUUCUGUUGCAACAUCGAUUCACGGAUAUCCUUAACAAAAUCACACUCAAUACAAUGCCGUUCGAACUGUAUGAAGAACAGCCUGCGUCUCAUGAACACUUUCUAUUAAAUUAUGCCACAAAUAGUGGUGUUUUGAAUUACUCUCAAACUGAGUCAGAAGCUGUAUCGUUUGAAUCUCAAACCAAAGAAGUUUUUUACAGAACCUGCUGGUCUCAAUAUCCACCGCAAUUUUCCAAAAAGACGUUAAUUAGAAAAGAUUAUAACCGCUCGUAUCUUGAAGAGAAGAGUGGCUUUGGCACAGAUAGCUGCCUCGAUGGUAGUCCCAGGUCCAAGGAAAAUGAUGUAUUUUCAAAAUUAAUUUCGAAUCUUCACAGUAAAUCUAAACAUUCAUCAGAUCACGUACAAAAGCGACCAUUAAUUAGUCCAGACCAACUGCACCGAUUUCUUCAGCGAUCAUGUGCAUUGGUGGAAAUGGCUAUUAAUAAAAAACGAAAGAAAUCUUCGCCACAAUCAGCCGUCAAUUCAGUAAAUCUGAAGCAAAUGAAUCCUCUACAGAACAGUGUUGUUAGCUCAGUUCGAUGUGAUUUGAGCUCGCUACACGUUUUUCUAACGCUUCAUGAGUGCCAGGUACUUCAUCAGAGGGAACGAAACGAGUACUCCAUUUGCAUAUGGGACACCAGGCGAUUCACCGAGCCACAGGUUGUUCUUUCAUGCUGGGAAAAUGUCACCUGCAUAGAAAAGGUCGGUCCAAUCGUAAUUGCCGGAACGGCCAGCGGAGCUUUGUGUUUGUGGGAUAUCGAAAAGACUGACGAGGGAAACGGUGCGAUUCAAAUAGUUACACAGAUGAUAGGAAACACUGAUUUGAAACAUUACGGAGGAGUUGUUGCAAUUAAAUCCAUACGUCAAAUGAAUAAUCUGAAGUGUUUAAUCAUUGAUCAGAUAAUUACCUUGUUUGGAAAUGGAACACUAGUCACCUGGGUGUUAUCCCCGCAAGACAAGUAUGCAGUUGCAGAUAUGGACAAACAAAACCUGAAUCUUGUUUUCCAUAAUGCCAAAUAUUGUCUGUCUCAUAAAUAUAACCUGGACUUAUCUAAUUUUAUAACAAACCAAAAGAGUUUUAAGAUAGAAAACCCAAACAUUCAAACAAGUCCCACAUUUUCCGGAGAAAUGAUAGUUAAUCGUAACAAUGUGAUAAUAGCCAUGAACUCACAUCUGAUUGUAGUUAAUCAUCUUGAGCAAAAAUGUUCAGCAAUUAUAAAGAUUUGCGAUCCGACCAUGACAUUCAUGAAACAUCCCGAUAUCACAGAAUUGUUGAUAGCUCAUUCAUUGAAUAACACAGUUCAAAUAUUAAAAGUAACCAACAGUGAAUACGAAACCUGGCAAAGAAAAGGAGUACUGUACAAAAACGCAAAGUUGGCUCCAAAUGCCGAAAAAACUCCCAUUCUGAGCAAUAAAUCUUGUGCGAUACAAAAUAUCGUCCAGAAUGAACGUGAGCUGUAUCGUGAUCGUAUUCAUGGUGAUCAUCAGACGCAAUCACCCAGCACCACACUGAAUGAUUUAGAUUUGCAUAAACCCAGCUCAGAAGGGAUUGAAAUGGGAUCGAUGAUGCAUCAUGGUCAGAUCGUUUUUCUAAAGCACGUGUCACCACGAUAUCGAUCAUUGUUUUUCCUGGACCAUGCGCGAAUACUAUGCGUCGACAGGGAGAACGCUGUCACACUAAUUGAUAUGAAAAGCAAGACGGAGAUCAAACUAAACGAGCGGACAGCAUCCGAACUCAGAAGAUACAGGUUACUCGGAAUGACACACAACCAAGCGAUAAUGGCAGAAAACGACCAAGAAAUUAUCUUUUAUGAUUUAAGGGAUCAUUUGGGAGUUCCCUAGAGAAGGUUGCGGCAAUAAUUCAAAAUUUGCAAAGGUUUUAUAAAUAACAGUUGACUAAUAAUUUGUAAAAAACAAAAUGUAAGGCAUUGUGAAAAAUAUAUGCACAGUUAUUCAAUUCACACAAAUUACACGUUUUUUUCCGAUUGUUCUUCUUUUCAUGUUGGUUAUAUUUCUUUUAAUUCUUCUUUUUGUUAAUUCUCUCCCAUAUAGUGGACCACUGCCCAUAAGUACAUAAUUGUCACAUGUGAAAUGUUGUCAUUUUGUAGUUAUCGAUCCAAUA